ACAGCUAGACAGCACCAUGUCGGACGGAGGGGCGUCGCCGUACGCAUCGAGCGCGAGCCUGUCGGACGACGAUGUCGCCCUCGACGGCGGGCCGGGGUACGACAGCGAGGGCGACGAGGUGGCCAUGAAGGGCUCGACGGUGUCUGCGCCCGCCUCGACGUCCUACCGGCCGAUUGCGCCGCUGCCCAGCCACUCGUCGUCGUCGUCGUCGUCCUUGCUGCAGCAGGGCACGCGGCGGCGCGACGAGCGGCGCAACUCCAUCGAUGGUGCUGGGUCCGCGUCGGCGGCCACCGCUGCCUCCCGGGCCCGGUCUCGCGUGGCGACGGGCGACAGCAACGAGGCCCUCGGCGACGAUGAUCAGGCCGACGAGCAGCCGGCGCCUUCAUCUUCAUCAACGAUCAAGAUCCAAAAGACGGGCCUGAAGCAUGCACUCCCGCCCAAGCCAUCCACCUCGUACCAGGCACAGGGACAGGGACAGGGACAGGCGCAGGGACAGAGCCAGAGCCAGAGCCAGGCAGCGGUCCCGCCGGCACCGUCAUCGACGUCGGGCCCCGCGACGCCCGGACAGAAGCGCGUGCGGACAGACAGCUCGCUCGUGCCCCAGGUGCCCAAAGUGCUCAAGACAGCAACGGACAGGAGCAACACGGCCCACCUCAUCGUCGUCCUCGAGCAGGCCUGCCUCGAGUCAUACAAGAUUUCAUCCGGCGGCGGCGGCGGCGGCGGGGGAGGGGGAGGGGGCUCGUCGCGAAAGGGUAAAGACGCGAACCAGGACAAGUACGCGCUGCUCAACUGCGACGACCACCAGCGCGUGCUCGCAAAGAUGGGCCGCGACAUUGCCGAGGCACGGCCCGACAUCACGCACCAGUGCCUCCUCACGCUCCUUGACUCGCCCCUCAACAAGGCCGGCCUGCUCCAGGUCUACAUCCACACCGCCAAGGGCGUCCUCAUCGAGGUGAACCCGCACGUGCGGAUCCCGCGCACCUUCAAGCGCUUUUCUGGUCUCAUGGUCCAGCUCCUGCACAAGCUCUCGAUCCGGAGCGUCAAGGGCAGCGAGAAGCUGCUCCGGGUGAUCCGCAACCCAGUCACCGACCACUUUCCGCCCAACACGCACAAGGUGACGCUGUCCUUUGAUGCACCCGUCCAGCGCCUCUCGAGCUACCUGCCAAAGGUGCCCAAGGACCACACCCUCGCCGUCUUUGUCGGCGCCAUGGCCCACGGCCAGGACAGCUUCGCCGACGGCAUCGUCGACGAGAAGAUCAGCAUCUCCGAGUACAGCCUCAGCGCGAGCGUGGCCUGUGGCAAGUUCUGUUGUGCACUCGAAGACUUCUGGGGCGUCGUCUAAUGUGAUGUAACUCUACACCUUGAAGCUGUCCUCGGGCGGCACGUCUGCCUUUGGGUGCUUGGACUCC